ACUCAGUACCAGUGACGUCAUACCGUGGCAGCACAAUCAAGGAAAGGGGGGCGUGGCGGCUUUCCGUACCAUGUGUUGUCUGAUUGUUGUUGUUCUGGACUUCUUUGACACUGUGGACGUGGAGUACGAGUGUGGUGGAGACUAAGGUCAUAGGUCGAUCAUAGACAUGUCAUCAAGUGUGAGGCAGACUACUGGCUCCGUACAGUCAACACCCACCCCCCCAAGUUCAGGCGGCCAAUCAGGUCGCAGCCGUCGAUCACUGAGGAAAUGUGCCACACCCAUCAAAUCUGCUCAGAAGGAUGAUCACACAACACACACACGCACAGACACUGGCUCCACUAAUACCACCCUCACACCCCCACACCCUAAACAGAAGGCUAUCAUUAGCUCCACACCAGCACGCAGAACAAUCCCGCCCACCAGACACAAGAAAAGACGCAAGAGAAUCCCCUUCACUUUAGUGGAGGCUAGUAAAGGCAACCAUUGCCCCACGCCAGAGUGUGAUGGCAAGGGUCAUGUGACUGGGCUCUACUCCAUGCAUUAUGCUGUGUCUGGCUGUCCUGUAGCAGCCAAGAACAAGGCAGCCACCAUCACUACCCCCGUGAGUAGUGUAGCCGUUACCAUCACUACCCCCGUGAGUAGUGUAGCCGUUACCAUCACUACCCCCGUUAAGCCUCUACCAAAGACCCCACCUCCUAGUACUAGUGCUAGCACUGAUACUGCUACUGCCAGUACUGCUAGUACUAGUACUGAAAGGGUUAAACCCAAAAGGAAGAGGCGUCGACGUGCUCUCGUUGGUUCUCGCUCUAAAAGGGUUAAACAAAGUAGUGGUAGUGAUGAUUCAGAGGUGGAGGCCACAACCCCUUCAGAGCCGUGGAGGUCAGAGGUCACUAACGAGGUCAGUCCGCAAGGCCCUAAGAAGAGGAAGAGGAUACCGUACACUUUAGUGGAGGCUAGUAAAGGCAACCAUUGCCCCACGCCAGAGUGUGAUGGCAAGGGUCAUGUGACUGGACUCUACUCCAUGCAUUAUGCUGUGUCUGGCUGUCCUGUAGCAAGAGGUAUGACACCUGAUGAGUGUGUGGCUCGCAGAGAUGCGCUUAACAGAAUCAAGCUUAAGUCGUUGCCAAUGGAGAUAAGCCCCACCCACUAUCUCGAUGACAAGGCUGUGCGAAGGACGUCUCGUAUACUCAGUGAAAGGGGGGUGGUUAGUUUGGGAGGCCCCGCCCCCCUCACUCCCGGCAGGCGGUCUUCAGCACCGGUUGUGAGUAGACCUCAAGUGGACAGGAUCAGUCAACUACACGGCCUCUUAUCUAAUGCCAUGCCAUUAGACUACCUGCAACAUGUGGAGCCUAAGCUAGAGGGACUCACUCCCUCUCUGGACCUCAGCUUGUUCAGAGAGGCGGAGUCCAAAACAAGACUCUCUUUUGGUCUAGCAGAGGCUCCAGCUAAUGGCGGUGGUGAGGGUCUAACAGAGGCUCCAGCUAAUAGCAGUGGUGAGGGUCUAGCAGAGGCUCCAGCUAAUGGCGGUGGCGAAGGUCUAGCAGAGGCUCCAGCUAAUGGCGGUGGUGAGGGUCUAACAGAGGCUCCAGCUAAUGGAGGGGAAUACCAACUCAAGAAGAUAGAGUUUGGACAGUAUGAGAUAAUGACCUGGUAUCCAUCACCCUUCCCUCUGGACCAUACUCACCUCGAUAAACUCUAUUUCUGUGAAUUCUGCCUCAAGUAUUUCAAGAGUGCCCCCAUCCUUCACAGACACUCAGGUGACUGCAGUUGGCGCCAUCCUCCCGGGAAUGAGAUCUAUCGAAGAGGUGCCUUGUCAGUGUUUGAAAUAGACGGGGAUAGGCAUAAAGUGUAUUGUCAGCAUUUGUGUCUACUGGCCAAACUCUUCCUGGAGAGCAAGACACUGUACUUUGAUGUAGAGCCCUUCUUAUUCUACACUCUCACUCUGGCUGACUCCAAUGGCUGCCAUAUACUAGGAUACUUCUCUAAGGAGAAGCACUCUGCUCAGAGCUACAACCUCUCUUGUAUAGUGGUACUACCACAACACAUGAGGAAAGGUUAUGGAAGAAUGUUGAUUGACUUCAGCUACUUAUUGACUCGUAAGGAGCAGAAGUUUGGCUCUCCUGAAAGACCUCUCUCUGAUUUAGGCCUUGUCUCGUAUCGUAGUUACUGGAAGAAUGUGAUACUCACUUACAUACUGGAGCAUGAACACAGUGGCAGCAAUAUCUCUAUUAAAGGUGGGUGUAGGUAUCCCGCCCACUCAAGUGUGUAUAUCCGCCCACCUAAUGCAGAGGUUGGCAUGGAAACCGGGGUGAACAGUGAUGACAUAGUGAGCACACUACAAUAUUAUGGACUACUAAAAUAUUGGAAAGGCAAACACAUAAUCCUUUUAAGAAAGGAUGUGCUGGAUGAGCAUGCACAGAGGCUUGAGGCAUGGAGACAGAGUGAUGUUUGUGUGGACCCAGACUGUUUAGAGUGGACUCCUAUAGCUUAUCCCAUGUACACAUGACCAUACUGUGUGUUAGCUAGCUAUAGUUAGAGACAUGCAAUCAUUAGUGCCCUUAUGUUGAUGUUGUUGGAAUUAUGUUACACACAAUAAUUGUUAUAUCAGCAACAA